AUGUCCUCCACCCUACCUGGUUGGUGUUUCGACAAUAAUUACUCUCAUGCUGAAAAUGGCAGGAUCUGGAUUGUCUGGGAUCCUGCUGUCUCAGUCAUCAUCUUCUCUAAAUCAUCUCAGUUAAUCCUCUGCAGCGUUCAGAUUUCAGACUCCUCUCCUUCCUUUGCGGUGGCAUUUGUAUAUGCUCAUAAUACUGAGAUUCAGAGAAGAACCCUAUGGACUGAAAUCAACCGUCUGUCUUCUACAUCUCCUCUUAGUCUGACUCCUUGGAUUAUUUCUGAUGCCUUAGCGGUGUUUGACCCUUCCGGCGACUCGUAUCACACUCCAUGUUUGAUCGAUCUUGAUUCCUCGAUGCCAAGCUCCAAAAAGGCUUUCAAAUACUUCACUUUCCUCACUUCCCAUCCAAAUUACUUAGCCAAGUUUCAAGAAGCUUGGAACGACCCCGAUUUGUGGAAGGUUUUGAUAAUAUUCAUCAAAAAGGCAAAAGACUCUUUGGCGAAGCUGGAAUCCAUUCAAGAAGCUUUGCUUCGGAAUCCCAUGCAGUCGCUUUGUAUUGAGGAAUCUGAAGCGAGAAAGGUAUGGAACUUCUUCGCCGAUGCUCAGGAAUCAUUCUUCAGACAAAAAUCGAGACUCCGGUGGCUCAAGGAUGGAGACGCAAACACCACAUUCUUCCACAAAGUGGUGGUUGCAAACCAGGCCAGAAAUGCUAUUCGGAUUCUUUGGGACUCUCAAGGUACCACAAUUGAUGAUAUCUCCCAGAUUAAGGAAAUGAUCAUUGCAUACUAUACUUUCCUUCUCGACUCUUAG